GCUCCCAGCCUGCUGUGGGGGGCUGGGGGAUGAUGGGGGGGGACGGGGCACCCCCUGACCCGUGUCCUGCACACACAGGGGUGUUCCAGAGGAUGGUAAAGUCCGAGUGUUACUUCAUCAAUGGCACCGAGCGGGUGAGGUUCGCAGAGAGGCACAUCUACAACCGGGAGCAGUUCGCGCAUUUCGACAGCGAUGUGGGGAUCCAUGUGGGGGACACCCCGUAUGGGGAGAUCCAGGCCAGGUACUGGAACAGCCAACAGGAAUAUCUCGAGUACAAACGGGCUCAAGUGGACAACUACUGCCGGCACAACUACAAGGUGUUCACCCCGUUCAGCGUGGAGAGGAGAGUGCCCCCCAGCGUGUCCAUCUCGCUGGUGCCGUCGAGCUCCCAGCCCGGCCCCGGCCGCCUGCUCUGCUCCGUGAUGGAUUUCUACCCUGCGCCGGUGCAGGUGAGGUGGUUCCAGGAUGGGCAGGAGGUGCUGAAGGACGUCGUGGCCACCGACGUGGUCCCCAACGGGGACUGGACCUACCAGGUGCUGGUGCUGCUGGAUCCCCCCCGGCGCGGGGUCACCUACAGCUGCCAGGUGGAGCACGUCAGCCUGGAGCACCCCCUCAGCCGGCACUGGGAGAUGCCACCGGACACCGUCCGCAGCAAGAUCCUGGUGGGGGUCGGGGGCUUCGUCUUGAGCUUGGUCUUCCUGGCGCUGGGGCUCGGCUUCUACCUGUGGGAGAAGCCCCCCCAGCCCCUCCCCGUGGCCUCGGGCCCAGUCGGGACCCCCCCCCGAUCCCAACGUCGCCGGCAAGACGAGGAUCGAACAGUGCUCGAAACCGUUCCCGGACUUUGCCCUCAGCCAAUCAGAGCGCGCCCAAAAAGCCCCAAAACGGCGCCGCCCGGCUGUUUUUGGGCUGUCAGCAGCUGUCCGGCGCUGGGCAUGGAGCGUGUGCGGGGAGCUGGGGCCGUGCUGGCGGUGCUGGUGGUGCUGGGAGCCCCCCCGGCUGCGGGCGAGGAGCUGUCGGGGGUGUUCCAGGAGCUGGUAAAGUACGAGUGUCACUUCAUCAACGGCACCGAGCGGGUGAGGUACGUGGUGAGGGUCAUCUACAACCGGGAGCAGUACGUGCACUUCAACAGCGAUGUGGGGGUGUUUGUCGGGGACACCCCGAUUGGAGAGAAGGUUGCCAGGUACUGGAACAGCGACCCAGAAUUCAUGGAGAGCAAACGGUCUGCGGUGGACUGGCUCUGCCGGCACAACUACGGGGUGUACAUUCUGCCUGCCGUGGAGAGGAGAGUGCCCCCCAGCGUGUCCAUCUCGCUGGUGCUGUCGAGCUCCCAGCCCGGCCCCGGCCGCCUGCUCUGCUCCGUGAUGGAUUUCUACCCUGCGCCGGUGCAGGUGAGGUGGUUCCAGGAUGGGCAGGAGCUGCCGGAGCACGUGGUGGCCACCGACGUGGUGCCCAACGGGGACUGGAGCUACCAGGUGCUGGUGCUGCUGGAAAUCCCCCCCCGGCGCGGGGUCACCUACAGCUGCCAGGUGGAGCACAUCAGCCUGGAGCACCCCCUCAGCCGGCACUGGGAGAUGCCACCGGACACCGUCCGCAGCAAGAUCCUGGUGGGGGUUGGGGGCUUCGUCUUGGGCUUGGUCUUCCUGGCGCUGGGGCUCGGCUUCUACCUGCGGGAGAAGGUAAAGGGGGGUCCCCGGGGGUCAUGUCCCCCCCCUUACUCUCCCACAGCCUCUGGGCCCCCCCUACCCCCCCAGCCCUUUUUCUCUCACCCCCUUUUCUCUCCCCACAGAACUCCUGAGCCGCCGGCGGCCGCAGCCCCUCCCCGUGGCCUCGGACCCAGCCAGGACCCCCCAGUCCAUCCCCACGAUGAGUUUGGGGGGUCGUGUGUCCCCUCCAUCCUGCUUUUCUCUGACCCCAGCCGGCUGCUCCCAGUGUUCCCAGGAAAGGUUCCCAGUUCUCCCCAGUCCCUGUUAUUGGGGGGCACUGAGGGCAGGGGGGAGGGGAUCCCUGUCAUAGCUUUACUUCUUCUAAAAAACCAAGCAGGAAUUUUUCUUUCCCCUCCCCCACUGGAAAAGAAAGAUGUUCAAUGGGGGAGGGGGCUUUGCCUUGGGUGACUCACACCCCCAAAAGAACUGGCCCAGCCCACAUUGCAGGUUCGGAGCCCUCAGAAGGCUCUGGGGGGGUGGAGUUUUUUGCUUUCU